CCACUUCCCCCACUCUUUUCCCUCACAAAAGAGCUUCCUUUUUUCUUCUUCUUCCCAAAUAACCCACUCUUUUGUUGAUUCCCCUGCUACUGCUGUUUCCUCUGUUCAACAAUGGCAGCUUCAAAAUUCUCUCUUGCUUUGUCCCUCGCCAUUCUCUCAAUCUGGGCCGUCGAUGCCGCUCACCACCAUGCGGCUGCGCCGUCUCCCUCUGUGGAUUGCUCCACUCUGACUCUCAACAUGGCUGAUUGUUUGUCGUUCGUGUCGAGUGGGAGCAAGGAUACGAAGCCCCAGGGGUCGUGCUGUUCCGGGUUGAAAACUGUGUUGAAAUCUGGACCCGAAUGCUUGUGCGAGGCUUUUAAGAGCAGCGCUUCUUUGGGUGUUACUUUGAAUGUCACAAAGGCCAUGACUUUGCCUGCUGCUUGUAAAGUCUCUGCUGUUUCUGCCACUACCUGCGCAUUGUCUCCUGCUGGUGCUCCAGGUAUGGCAGUAGCAGGUGCGCCGGAAUCAUUCUCAGGAGGAGCAAGUGUGGCGGCACCGGCACCGGCUCCGGGCAGCUCAGGCGCUCCGUUUCUUACUGUCUCGAUCGGAUCUCUUAUCUUAGGCCUCGUAAUUAUGUUAUAUCUUAUGGUGUUUACCCUUUGGUUUUGAUGUUGUGGUUGUAAUAUUAGA